AGGCAGACAUGACCGCAGUGGUGGUAGGGCUGGACGAAGAAAGGACUUCAGUAGUAGAUUUCAGCGACUUCCUCUACAUUGACCAGAACAGCAUCGUAUACAAGCGACCAGUGCUGGAGUCCGACAUGGCGGGAUUUCUAAAGCCGUACACAGCCACGUCAUGGGUGAUGAUAAUAGCGGCGUUGGUGACGGUGGCGGUCAUGGUACUUCUAACUGGUCGCUUCUACCCGCUGCCUCGUCCGCCUCUCACAAAAGAAAAUCGUAACGGAUACUUUGUGUCUUCCUUAAGUUCGCCCGGUGGUUCAAGGAGAAAGAACACAAUUUCGAGUGAGCUGUGGGACGCUGGUUUUUGGAGCUUCGCCACAGCCUUAGCCCAGUCAUACACCUUUCUACCGCGAGGACUAAGUCAACAAGCAAUGUUGGGCAUGUGGUUAGUGUUGUCACUGAUCAUCUCCACAGUGUACCGAUCCAACCUCAAAGCCAUGCUGAUAAAGCCACGCCUCGUCCUGCCCUUCACCAACCUCAUGGAGCUGACGAAAUCUGGCAUCCCAUGUUUCGUCGUUCGCGGCACCGUUUUGCACAGCAACAUUCAGGGUGCGGAGGUUGGAAGCGCCGUGUGGCAACUCAACAACAGGCUGAUCCUCCACUCUGACGUCGCGCUCGCUGUGAAGGACAUGUCAGCGGGGAAGCACGCCAUCUUCACCACCCAUCUCGGGCUGCUUUCGGUGAUUCACACUAGUUUUGUCCAAACGAAGACUUGCUCCAUAUACAUGACUAGCGACAGUUACUUUGGACCCAAGUGUCUCUCCAUCGUCUUCCGUAAAGGCUCUCCGCUCCGUCAACACGUAAAUCCCAUAAUAGUAAAAUUGCGGGAGUCUGGCAUCCUGGAGCACCUGCUUAUGAAGUACGUGGUAUAUGCCAGUACCUGCCUCCACUCAGACCCCGCCAGCGUGGAGGACAUCUUACGGCCGCUGGAGAUUGGCGACAUGUACGGAGUUUGCUUCGUCUACGUCGGGGGAAUGAUGGUCGCUUCCUUAACUCUACUGGCGGAGCUUGUGAUCGCCUGAAGGACGAAGCAGAAGUCAGGCAAAUCUCCGACCAGUCUAUAUUCAAUAAUACAGUUGUCACAGCUUCAACUUUCAUUGUCGACCGAAAAAUGAGACAACUAAAAAUAUAUAUAAAUACAUGCCGAAGUCUCUCUCUCUCUCUCUCUCUCUCUCUCUCUCUCUCUCUCUCUCUCUGUCUCUGAAUAAAGUUGGAAGGACAAGAUUUAAUGUACUGCUAUCAAGUAUUUACUUCUUAUAAUUUUCAGUUCUUAUAUUCACGAAGAAUAGUCAUAAAAAGUCCCA